AUGUCAUCAAACCAACUCGGACGCUACAACUUUACCAUCGACGAUUCAUCUCCUCUAAUUACGUAUGACCCCGCAAAUGCCUGGAACAGCGACGUCGAGACAGACCCAAAUAUCGAGCGAUAUAUCCAGUCAUCCUAUCAUAUUACCAACCGUGUCGGAGCGACUGCUUCGUUUAGUUUCGUCGGAACCGGUAUCACAGUCGUCGGCUCAAAGACAUCUACGCACGGCGCAUUCGAAGUUGAGGUCGACAACAAGACCAUCAGCGCCACGGCGUCUUCCCAGACCACCGUCUUCCAAUCUCGGAUCGCAACAGCACGCAAUCUAACAUUUGGGAAACACACUGUCAAGAUUGUCAACAAGGCUCAAACCCUUCUUGACAUUGACGCGCUCAUUGUGGAGAGCUUGGCCGGACGAAAGGACGGCAAAGUGCCUACGACGCUGGUGGACGAUGCACGAAUAGGGAACGGGACGAACGAAGUGACAUAUUCUGGAAACUGGGCAACUACCAGCGAUGGUGCUGUGGACACGGACUUUAUUCGCGAUACAGUCCAUGAAACGUUCUCACAAGGCGCGAGCGUUACUCUCAAUUUCGUUGGCGAAGGCAUACAGGUUGUCGGUGGUGUGGGCGCGAACACGACUGAGUACUCUGUGCAAAUGGACAACAAGCCUGCCGUCAACAUGAAGGCGCGAACCCCAAACUUUGUUCCGUCCUCUACCUUGUUUUACGAAUCGGAGCUCACCACUGGUCCUCACAAACUCGUCAUUACAAAGCUCGGUGCAGGAGGAGGCGCACUCACCAUUGAUGCGUUUCGAGUGUUUGGCUCUGGCACUGUUGGGACCAUUCGAGGCACUCCGGAAUCAGUUCCAACAGCAGUCGCCCCACCGCCAGGGCAACCAAACACUGGACUUAUCGCUGGAAUUGUCAUCACCAUUGUCGUUCUCGUCGCAUUACUCAUCGGUGGAAUCGUCUAUUACCGACGGAUGCUCAAACAAGAGGCGGACAGCUCCGACGACAAGUUUUCGUUUAUCAGUCCCGCCUCUCUUCUCUCCCGCUUCAAGAGCACAAAACGGCGCUCCGUAGCUGGCGACCUCAAUCGCGUAGACUCGCGCGAUAGUGGUCGAACGGCAGUCGACCCAGAGAGCGUCGCGAUUGUGCACGUGUCAAAGGACGAGGAGAAGAAGCCUUCACGGUUAGGUUUCGGUGGUCAGGUCGGUAUCAAACGUUUUGUCGUUCGCAACCCGGAUCCUGAACCUCCAACUCCUGCUCUCCCGAUGCAGCAGCCUCAGGAUUCACCCGUUGGCGGAUUGGUCACAGUCGGGCUUAAUACGGGACAACCACGGGGCUUUGGUGCAGAGCAAGGGCGCGGGGGAAGUGGGCGCGGAAGUGGUUUCGAUGGUCCUGGUCCGUCUUCUCAGAUUCGACAGCCGGAACAGGCGAGGGUUUGGGUCGAUGGAGAGCGCCAUAUUGAACAGCGUGGUCGGGCGUUUUCGAGGCUGAGUUUGGAUCAAGAGUGGGAUGCGCGAGAGCGCCUCCCAUCUCCUCCUGCUCCGCGAAGAGGACCGCCGAUGCAUCAGUUUGGUAUGGCCCGAAUGCGCAUUUGCGCAACAGAUCAGAGGUCAGAUGUCGCACGGCCAUCCAUGGCGUACAAGAAACAGCAGCGUAUCACGGGUCGUUUUAGCGUCUCCAACUAUACGUACAGUCAAGACGGUGGUGGAGGACGAUACAGCCCGACGUUGAGCGACAUUUCAUUCACACCUCGUCCUCGCUACGAGAUUGACCGGGACGAAGAGCCAAUAACGUCUCGUCGGAGCUAUGGACCUAACGGUAGUGGCAGAGGGAAAGCUGGUGCAGGAGGUGGAUCUCUCGUUGCAAAUUCAUACUCCAAUGCCAAUGCUUCGACAUCGCUGCUUCGCGAGGAGAACACCCGCGGCGGUCGCGGUGGUGGGUUUAGUGUAGAUGAACAGACUAGAUUCGGUCGGAAUCCAAGUGUACGUGGACGAGGGAUUGGUGGGACGAAUCCGGGUGGUCGAAGUGCUGCGCCUCCGGAUUGGUGGAACAAUCGAUGA